AUGACCAUUCUCGUUUCAGGUAACGUAAAUGCUACCGAUCAGGUUCCCGACAACCAAGUAUGGACCCCUGCAACAGCAACUUUCUUCUAUGGCCAGCCAAAAGCUACCAUCAGCUGCAAAUUUAUCGGGACUCCAUACGGUGUCUACUGGAUGAAAGGGAGUACCCCGGCUACUGCAGACACGCUUCUAUCUCGCACCAAAGGGGAAGUAUCCGGACCAAAGUUUGACGAUGGGUCGCUUACUAUUACUGAGGACUACUCUCUCGUCUUUAAUAAUGUUCAAGCUGGUGAUGAAGGCAAUUACAUAUGCAGAGUUUCAAAUCAUAACGGCUAUCUGAUCGUCAAUAACACUGAUGUCAUGGUCUUAGAUCCGGCUCAAGUGAGUAUUUUUACAGAACCAAGUAUUACAGGAUGGGUCGGGCAUUCGGUCAAUCUUCAGUGUGCUUUCAGAGGCACCCCUGAACAAGUCCUCUGGAACAGAGUCCAAGGGGAACCUGAGUCUAAGAGCGUCGAAACUGUCCUGAGAUACACGUCAGGUGGAAAUGAGGUGCUGGGAGACAGGAGAUAUAGUUGGAGCGACAACUACGGACUGAUCAUAAGGGAUCUACGGGUCUUGGACGAAGGGAACUUUACUUGUAUAGUUUCUAAGACGGGUGGAACUGAGAUCCAUAACACGACAGUCCUUGCCGUUUAUGCUCGUGCAGAAAAGCCGUACAUCCAAAUUGCGCAGUGUAAGUCUCAACCCGAAAUAGCUACAAAUGGCACAACUCCUGAGUCUUGUCAGUACAAUGUGACUAAAGAUAAGGAUUCCUUUGAGCUGCAAUGCUCGGUCAUACGAGCCAAGCCACAGGUGAAUAUUCUCUGGCAGGAGGAGUCGCAGAACCUCACUGCAUCGCAGAUUGUCACUCAGAGGAGUGAUGGUGCCUUUGACGUGACAGCAACCAUAAGCAGAAGGACAAAUCAAUCCGAUCAGUUCAAUUUCAGGUGCAUUGCUUCUGGUCUGGCUGUCAAUGGAACCGCAGAACGUACUGUGAUUGUUGAAAUCAUCAAACCUGUUCAAGGAUCCCUAUCAGGAUCCCUAUCAGGUUCUCUAUCAGGUGGAUACAUCUUCCUUAUUCUCCUUCUUAUCGUGGUUAUUUCCGCUUUUCUGAUCUUCGUCGUUUGUAGAGGGUGGAAGUAUCACAAAACAGAGUGCCCUAUUGACAAAUAUGUAUCCGUUGAGUCUCAAGAAAACGCAGACUCUGGGACCAGACGUGGGUUUAAAUGGAUCAUGACAAGAGAUUGUGUUUGCUGGGUAUUUAGUUGCAAGAAACAGGAGGAAAGAACUCACGAUAUUGUUGAAAUACAACCACUGAACGAGGAAGACUCCGAGCUAGAGGUCCUUAGAGAGAAGCUGAUAAGUUACAAACCUGGAAAGACUACAGGGAUGGCAGGUGUAGACAUACCUGACUCGUCGAUCCAUAUCGGACUCUUUGGUGCCAUGGGUGCAGGGAAAUCAUCUUUCAUCAAUUCAUUGUACUUUGCUCUAACGAAUGAGUACAAGAAUGUCGCCAUCGAAGCUGAUGAUACAGCAGGUGGUAGUGAAACCAAGUUCAGGGAGACGGUAGAGCUAACAGAUCAAAUACACAUUGUUGAUAAUCGAGGAAUGAAGGACUUCAAGUUGAAACACAUUCAGAAAGAAUUGAUGCCUCAGAUUCGAGGGGAACGAGGACUUAAACCUGAGAAAAAGGUUAAGGAAGGAAAACAGAUCCACUGCCCUGUAUUUGUGUGCAAUCUAAGCCAACCAAUUAAACAUGAUGCUACGCUGGAAUUUAUUAAAGAAUUUUCUGACAAAGUAAAUGAUCACUUUGGUCGUAACGCGAUGGUUGUCGUCACUCAUAAAGGGAAGCUGGAUGAAUCUGCAGAAGCAGAUGAAAGCGUGGAGGAUGUAGUGCGUAAGAUUAAAGAUCGAGGUAGUAUUCCCAAGAAUUACAUAUGGACAUUCGAAAACUAUACUGGAGAUUGCCACGCUCACGAUGCAGUGAAAAGUAUUGAAUAUUUGAACUUUCUUUCCACGUGCUUAGCGAUAGGAGAGAGGAAUAUCAGAUUUAAGUUGGAAAGAGAAGCUGAGGAAACAAAGAGGCGUAAGUGAAAGAAAAGGUCAAUCCAGACAAUUUUACAAUGCACGUUCUAUGGAAGGUUCAACCACAUUUCGUUUUAAUGAUCAGAGAUAUUUGCAGAUUGCAAACUUUAUUCAAAGUAUAGAUCAAGAAUAUGAUACCAAACAUUCUUUUUCAAUUUCGUAGGACAGAUCAACGUGAAGAAUAUACUUGAUUACAAAUAUUAUCAUACUUGUUUUCAUCACCAUUGUUAUCGUGAUUAUUAGUAUAAUUAUAAUUUUCAUAAUUUUUUUAUUACUGUAAUAUCAGCUUGUUGUUUUUUAGUAGUAGUAGUAGUAGUAGUAGUAGUAGUAGUAGUAGUAGGACUAAUUACUAGUAGUAUGUGUGUUUCUGCGAGAUAUUUAUCUUUACUAAACGGAGGGAAAUAUCUUCUUUAUUACGCUAUUUUACAAUGUCAGAUUGCCAUGCCUGUUCGCUUUCUAUGUCAUUAGCAAUUCCAAUGUCGUAUUUCAUUUGCACAGUGUUGCAAAGAGAAACAAAUGGAAGUCUAUACCUAAAUAAUCAAUUCGAUCAAUACGUGAUAAUACAUGUACAUAUUGUAGACAUGUACAUAGUAUGUAUAUAUUAUGUAUAUAGUAACACGGGCAACGGUAUCUUGGUAAACUAUUCGGUAAUCAAAUCAUAUUUAGAUCAUGAAAUCAUCUGUCAAAUUAUAAACCGUGCAUGUUAUCUUCUUGAGUCAUGUUUGAUCCUACCAUUCUGCUAAAUGCAUAUCCCAUUUAUAAAUAACACUCUUAAAAGAACAUUUUGGAUUUUCCUGAAUGUAUACAUAUUCAUGUAAAGUGUUUUUAUUGAUGACGGAUCCAGGGGCACGGGAGCACAUUCCCCGGCUAAAUCCAAUGAGAAAAAUUCCAAGUAUAGCAACAAAAUGUGCCCUAAAUGUGUGCCCCUUAGCUGCUACUACAUUUACUAUUUCUACUCCAAAAAGCGAACUUUCUCCCCUAAAAAUGUAUUUUUUGGUUAAGUUUGGGGGGAUGUGUACUUCAACAAAAUGAUUGUUUCUUUGCUUGUCCGGAAAUUAUGAGGAGGAAAGAGCUUGUUUUAAUACUAAGUAGUUUAUGAGAAAAUAUUCAGAAAUGUUCCUGCCUGCCCCAAAAUUCGGGAUUCGCAAUUUGUGUUGCUUUCUAAAAGCCAGUUCGUAGAAUAUAUCUGCGCAUUAGCAGAUAAAGGUAAUUUGUACAAAAUGUUAACCCCCCCCCCCCCCGAUACUGUACGUUAUUGUAUUUGUGAUCCUUCCUCUUGUCAUUUUGUAAUGAAAUAUUUUCUCUUCUUCUGGCAGAGGACAUAUUGAGAUUUCCUUAAAAACAGAGAAAGGAGAUAGUUCAAGCAUUUCAGGUAGUACAAUUAGAGCUGAACCUACACGUACUCGUAGCGGUAGGAUAGUGAAACAGCCUACUUUGUUCACUCUUAAGCUUGUAAAUAGACUGCAUUAUACUUAUAAA